AUGAAAGCCUUAACAAUCGAAAAAUAAGCUGAAAUCUUUGCUGCAGUAGGUAUCAAAUUAAUCAAGCCUCUUUAAGAAGAGAAAAUAGAAAAUUUCAUUCAAACAUUUCCACUUAGGCUACGCUAAAGGGCAGAAUAGAUUAGCUCAGAAAUCUCCGUAUAUGGAUACAGGAUCAUAAAGUUUAUUUCCAAAUGUAGAAAUGGAUUUGUUUUUGCAGCAAACAAAGGUAGGGUGAGAUUUGCUAUUAAAGCAUAGCUAAACAGAGUAGAAACUGAUGACGGAGAAAUUAACAUGCUAUUAAAAAAUAGGGAACUUCCUGACAACUUAAAAUUUUACAAUAACCCAUAUAUUCUCUCUUACAUAGAUAGCUUUGAGACAGUUGAUUUCCAUUACACAGUCACAGAAGAAUGCAGAUGCAACCUUUCUGACUUCAUUAAAUAGGUGAAUAUUAAAUACAAUGAAGAUACACCUCUCUGUUUCAACAGAUAUGCCUUUUAGCUUUUGAUUGCAUUAAAACAGCUAUAAACAGGACCCGAACAUCCAAAUUCAAGUAGAUUUGUGAGUCAUAUAAGGCCAGAAGAUAUCUUGAUAAAUUACAACUCAGAAAUUAGAUUAAAUCCUAAUUUUGGAGAAAGCUAAGUAACACUAGGAAUUAUCCCUUUUUGUAAUUCUCAGUUUAGCUCAAACUAAAUGAAUGUUAGUUGUAUAAAUAGAUUUUCUGUUUCAUAUGCUCAUUUACUUUUGUACAUUAAUGGUAUGCAAGAAAAAGAUAUUUUAACUAAUUGGUUAAAAUAAUCAUCAUAUAGGAUGGGUUAUAGAAGUGAUGGACUCGACUCAGUUAGUUCAAGAAUAAUUUCAAACAAGCAAGAAAAUUACGAAUAAUUAAAAGAUGUUUACAAACCAGAUUCUGAUUAAGGCAAUUAAACUCUUGUUUUAAGGCUAAAGUAGAACUUAGAUAGGAUAUGUGAAUAGUACUACGUAGAUAACUAAGGAGAAACAGUUUAUGCUCUUGGUAAAGGAAAGUGCAUCACUGCAUAAUAAUAUAAUUAAUUAUAUGAGCUAUCCUAAGUUUAAUGUUCUGAAGAAUAGAAAGAAUAAAUAGGAGAAUAAUUAGAUGAAGAAAUGAAUAGGAUUGAAAAGAAAUAUAGAAGAAUUCUUUUUGUUUAAGAGAUUUUAAAUGCUGGUCAAAGUUAAAGAUCUAGAAGAUCUUCUACACAAAGAGACAUAGAAAGAUUAAAGUAAAAGCUUAUUAAUCUUUUAAAAAGCUUCUUUUCUAUGUAAUAAAAAUUAGCUUAAUUUGUAGAAAAGAAAAAUAGAUAGCUAAAAUAAGCUGUUGUUAAUGAUGGAGGAGAAGAUGAAUAAAAUUUAGAAGAGACAUUAAGUAAAUAACCAUAACUAGUUUUUCUUAAAUAAAAUAGCGUUGAAGCAUUAAAUGCUCCUAAAUUAAAUCCUCUACCUAUUAUUGAAAUGAAAGCUUAUAAAGAUUGA